CGCUCCUUGUCAACCCUCGUCUCUUGGGUUGCUCCUUCCUCGCCGACGGUCGAUUUUGUCACAAAUUUGCCGCUCCCACCAAGACUUUUUUCUUCGCCCCUCCGAUAAUCCACUCGGACUUUCUAUCACCGCAGUCUCUUCCGCUCUAUCUCGAUCGCUUGAAAUCAACCUUGACCUCACUCGAAACACACAUUCAAAAUGGCCGCUGUCGCAGAAAACCCUCCUCUACCGGUGAACGAGAACACCGCUCCCACACCUGCCACCGAACAGACUGAGAAGCCCAAUGGAGACUCCGUCACGGUGUUCCACGAUGCCGAUAACUUCAACGUGAAGCAUCCCUUGAUGCACGACUGGACUCUUUGGUUCACGAAGCCUCCCAGUGGCAAGGGCGACAACUGGAACGAUCUUCUGAAGGAGGUUGUGACCUUCAACUCUGUCGAGGAAUUCUGGGGAAUCUACAACAACAUCACGCCAACCUCCGAAUUGGGCCUCAAGGCCGACUAUCACCUCUUCAAGAAGGGAAUCCGACCCGAGUGGGAAGACCCCCAGAACAAGCACGGUGGCAAGUGGUCGUACUCAUUCAAGGACAAGCGCUCCGUCCCUAUCGAUGAGCUGUGGCUUCACGCGCAAUUGGCCGCUAUCGGCGAGACUCUCGAGAACGACGGUGACAGCGAAGUGAUGGGUGUCGUGGUGAACGUUCGUAAGGGUUUCUACCGUGUCGGUCUGUGGACGCGAACUGUCGGCAAGAGCCUUCCUGGCGACAAGGCCGGUACCCGUACCCCCGCCCAGGGCAAGGAGGUCCUUGAGUCUAUCGGCAGACGGUUCAAGGAGGUUCUCCGUCUCAAGGAGAGCGACGUCGUUGAGUUCUCGGGACACACGGACAGUGCCCACAGCGGCAGCACACGGGCCAAGGCCAAGUACACCGUCUAAAGCGCAUCAUCAGCACUGCGCCUUUGGAUUUACGAUUUACUGCGGAUAUACUCCGUUCUCUUACCAUGCGAUGAUAAGAAAUCUUGUGAUGGGCAAGUCACAAACGAGAAAACUACAUGAGGGAAAGCAGAUUUGGGCUGGACAUGACUUUGGCCAAUAUUCUGCAGCGAUGACCAAUCGUAGAAACCGACGGCAUGUAUCUCUCAAUAUGUUAUCUGACGAGGUUUAUACCAAUUUCGAUUCACGUUCCGUUUCCUUUUUCCGGGGUUCGUUUAAGGAAUUAAAAAAGAAAAAAAAAGAAUGAGAUCACCUUCACGAUAUGUAUUCAUGCUAUGGCUUAGGACUUUACUGGUUUUAUUUUUUCCUGUUUCUUCCUACUUCUUUCCUAUUUUUUUUCUUAUCUUUUUGCUUUUGAUUUCUUUAUGUGAUACACUUAUACAUAGUGAAUAGUUCGAUGAAAUGGAAGUUCCC